GCACAGAGUACAGCGCAUCCUCUACGCGAUACACUUCAACUGGAUUACACGACAAUAGGCUCCCGACGACUUCGAUGAUAACGUCCAAUGCAGUAAGCCGAUGCAAGAGGGCCCGGAAGCAGCCCUUUGAGAUCAGUCGGUAGAAGACGAGCAUCAGCUUAUGCAACGAUGCUCCCCAGGACGGUUUACAGCUGUGGCAAACGGCACUUUUACAGCUUGGCUGAGGCCGGACCAUCGAGGUGGCAUGCCACAUGCCGAACGGCGCCAUCACGAACUUUUCUCCGCCCAUUCACUGGAUCAGCCUUACUCAGACGUGACGAACCCGCCAAGAGGUCAAUUGAAGCUGCCAAGGUCGCAGAAAGUCCUCCAAGCCGGUCCGAAAGCGCAGAGGUCACGAAGCCAGAGACCCUACAGAAUGCCGUCACACCCAAGGAUGCCCAGGAACCGGCCAACAAGAAGGAUGCCACUCUGUUGUCGGAAAAGGUUGUGUCCAACAAGGAGCAACGGAAAGUUGACCUUGCCAUCAUGAGGGAGAUGGUCAGGUAUCUGUGGCCAAGAGGGGAUUGGGGCACCAAGGUACGAGUAGGUGCGGCGUUGGGACUGCUUGUGUCGGCCAAAAUCUUGAACGUCAACGUGCCAUUUUACUUCAAGAACAUUGUCGACUCGAUGAAUAUUGAUUUUCUGGCUGUUGGCGGAACAGCUUGGACCGUGGCGGGUUCGAUGAUCGUGGCCUAUGGUGUGACCAGGAUCGGCGCCACUCUUUUUCAGGAGUUGAGGAACGCCGUCUUUGCCAGCGUCGCGCAGAAAGCCAUCCGGAACGUGGCGCGCAACGUCUUUCAACACUUGCUCCGCCUGGAUCUCAACUUUCACCUGUCGAGACAGACUGGAGGCUUGACCCGAGCGCUCGAUCGAGGUACCAAAGGUAUCAGCUUCUUGCUGACGUCCAUGUUGUUCCAUAUUUUCCCCACCGUGCUGGAGAUUGGCAUGGUAUGUGGCAUCCUUACGUAUCAAUACGGAGCCCAGUUUGCAGCCAUCACUGGGGCGACCAUGGCUGCCUACUCGGUCUUCACCAUCACCACGACAUCAUGGCGAACCAAAUUUCGGAAACAGGCGAAUGCCGCGGACAACCAGGGGGCCACGGUGGCGGUGGACACUCUCAUCAACUAUGAAGCGGUCAAGUACUUCAACAAUGAAAAGUUCGAGGUCAAUCGCUACGACAAAGCGUUGAAGAAGUACGAAGAUGCGUCCAUCAAGGUCACCACGUCACUUGCCUUCUUGAAUACCGGUCAGAAUGUCAUCUUCUCCAGUGCCUUGGCAGGUAUGAUGUACAUGGCAGCGAACGGAGUAGCGGAGGGCUCUCUCACUGUUGGAGAUUUGGUCAUGGUGAACCAGCUCGUCUUUCAAUUGUCGGUGCCACUCAAUUUCCUAGGAUCGGUAUAUCGAGAACUCCGACAGUCACUUUUGGAUAUGGAAACACUCUUCAAUCUUCAAAAGGUCAACGUCACGGUGAAGGAGGUGACGAAUCCCCGACCCCUUGCCCUCACACGUGGGGGAGAGAUCAAAUUCGAGAGUGUCAGCUUUGGCUAUCACGCUGAUCGACCGAUUUUGAGAAACUUGAGUAUGACAAUCCCUGCAGGUAAGAAAGUGGCCAUCGUCGGGCCCAGCGGCUGUGGCAAGUCCACGAUUCUCCGACUUCUGUUCCGCUUCUACGACGCAGAAUCAGGAAGUAUAACGAUCGACGGCCAGAACAUCCGCGAGGUGAGUCUGGACAGCCUCCGACAAAGUAUUGGUGUCGUCCCGCAGGACACACCAUUGUUCAACAACACCAUUGAGCACAAUAUCAGAUAUGGAAAGAUCGACGCGUCCCUGGACGACGUGAAACGAGCAGCUCAAAGAGCCAGAAUUUUUGAUCUCAUCGAGCGUCUGCCGGCCGGGUGGAACACGAUGGUCGGCGAGAGAGGUAUGAUGAUCUCGGGUGGUGAGAAGCAACGCCUCGCUGUUGCGCGACUCCUCUUGAAAGACCCUCCACUCUUGUUCUUCGACGAGGCCACGUCGGCACUGGACACGUACACCGAGCAAACGCUGCUGCAAAACAUCAACAGCAUUCUCAAAGAGAAAGCACGCACGAGUGUCUUUGUGGCACAUCGCCUUCGUACCAUCUACGACAGUGAUAUCAUUUUCGUGCUCAAAGAGGGUCAGGUCGAGGAGCAAGGUACUCAUGCGGAACUGCUUGCUAUGAACGGCUUAUAUGCGGAUCUGUGGGCUGCGCAAGAAGUGUCCAUCGGGCAGGACAUGACUUUGGAGCGGUCGCUGGAAGAAGAACGUGAAUCGGAGAAAACGAAAUGAGUUGGUCUACCUGCAGACAGAUACACCACUCGCAAACAUGUAUGGCUACCAAAUGAGUGCAAAUGAAAUGUCGAAGAGUGAAUGUAAGGGGAAACUACCUUAGUCACCGCCGGAACGAGUACAUACAUGCCUGACGACGGGAUUCAUUACCAACCAACAUCGCAGUCACCUUAUUCACCACCUUCACACACCCCUCCCAAAAAAAGAAACAAAAAAUCCAGCAGGAAAAACAAAAAGUUUGGAGAUUCGAACCCUCCGGCUCUGAUACUUAUCCCGACUAUGACCAUUCACAAAUCUCUACUCCAUAGAGGAACGUAUUACUCCGUAAUACUUGUCAGAGAUGCUACAGUAGUCAUGGAAACCCAGCAGACUCCCAAGUUUAAUCCACUAAGCUGGAUUUCCAAGGAUAAGCCCAACCUCCAAACCAUUAGACCAAAGAGUCGCAUUACGACGUGGUGAGUCUUGAUAGUGGCCAUCGAGGCGGUCUUUGUUGAAGGAAAUUCCACUGGAUUAAAUAUAUAUACACCAUAGAACAUGUAGGUACUUAGUAUGGACUUGCCAGGUAUUCCCUUGACAAUAUAGCUGGGAAAUGAAGCACAAGACAAACUUGAUCCUCCGCACA